AAUGGGCGCUACUCUGGAGAUGGCGCUCGUGGUCUUUCGCGGCCAUGAUUCCUACAGUGGCUGCCUGCUCCAGAGAAGUGGCCGGACGCCGAGCUUGGAGCUGUUCCAGCUAUGGCUAUCGUCCAUCGAUUUCUCGGGUGGUGGAUUUGGUGAAGUUGCUGUGGCGGAGGGAUUAGCGGAAGCUCUUGUGCCGCCAAGUAACCAGGCAAGCCAGAGACAUUGUAUUUUGGUGGCAGCUUCAAAUCCUCACAGGCUUCAAUCCCUCAUCCGUGGCGCGGACGCGAAGCCGGGCCAUUGGUGGCUUGCGGAUGCUGAAACCGUUUCAAGGGCAUUCUCUCAGUGCCAUAUAUCUCUUUCAGUCUUUCAGUUGUUUGUCCGCGGCAGUGGCCAAGCAAAAUCCUCGAGCUUCUGACCCUUCGAAUGAGAUUGCCAAGCACACGCAGCACCUUGUCUUAAAGUACCUGCAACUGCGGUGUCAUCAGUGUCCACCGGCACAGACCUCCUUAAUUUUAAUUUCGUGAAGGCUUGGCUAACUUCUUUCUUUUGUCUCGCAGUGCCUACAACCUCUGGAAGGCAAUCACGUCAACUGUAAAAAUUGAACACGUCUCGACCUCUGGUCCGCCGCCGCCUAUGGUAUUCAGGACUUUAAGAGCAUCAACACUAAUCCUUUGCAAUCGCAUCGUCCGGUUCCUGCUGCGAGCGUGCUGAAUCAAAUCAGGCAGGGAGCAGGCUCAGCAGCGGUAUCAAGCAUUCUCUCUGCUAGAUCUUUAGCAGUGGGACAAGUUGGUAUGGGGAUCACACGACCAGUUAGUCAGCCAGCCAGCAUGGCACACGGACUUAGUGGCGAUGCAGGUAGUGCAAGCCUGGGACCAGUACAAGGAAACGCAAAUACUAGCAGCAUUCUGCCGUCGAA